GAUGAUCGAAAAGGACAAGUGUGUAUAUACCAAAUGCUACUGUGAGGAAAAUAUUUAUAUGCUCUGCAAAGAAAUAGAUGAAAAGUAUCCAGAGAUGUUGGAUAAAUUCACUGUUGUAUUCAUAAGCAAUGAUGAACGAAAGAUACCAAUGUGGGCACAGAAAUCAUGUGUGGAUGAUUAUCCGAUUGUUUGGGAUUAUCAUGUUAUUCUGCUGUUUAGCGGUGAUAAUGGCUUAUUUGUAUAUGAUUUUGAUACCAAACUCCCCUUUCCAUGCAAAGCUGAAAAGUAUAUGAUGGAAUCAUUUAAACCGCAGUUCAUUCUACAAAGCAAGUAUGAAAGAUACUUUCGUUUAAUACCUGCGAGGAGCUAUCUAUACUAUUUUGCUUCUGACAGAUCACAUAUGAUAGGAGCUGAUGGAGCGUAUCAUUCUGAACCACCGAAGUAUGACCCUAUUGUCUCUAAAGACCAACAAAAGAUGAAUCUGGAUAGUUAUAUUUCAAUGAAGGAAAACUCAAUUGAUAAGUAUGGAAGAGUAAUAUCAAGUGAAGAAAUGUUUGCAUUGGCAGGGAUUAUGAUGUACGAAUAAAGUGCUCUAUGAUACCGAAUUCCUCUUUUAUGAGGUGUAAGCAGGUGAAGUGGAUUUCUUUUUAUCAUCUUUAAAUCAACGUGGAUAAAACAAAGUAACAAAAGGAUAAUAUGCCCUAACCUUGUUUGCCGAGAUUCAAUUGAUAAAACAAACUGUCUUCAUAAUCUCUUCCCC